AUGGAGCCUGUAACUUGCGCUUCACUGGCUCAGCCACCGGACGAAAUGCUCAAGUUCGUCCUUCAGCAGGCGUAUACACCGGAGUGCGCUGCCAGACUAGGCCACUUGACUCUUCGUGGACGAAAUCCGAUCUCAACACCGCACUAUGUUGUCCCAACUUCUCGAGGCGUGGUCCCUCACGUAUCGCAGGAUAAUCUGCAGAAGCACACAAAUAUUUCCGCCGUCUAUGUGCCCUUGGAAGACUUCAUUGAGAAGUCGCACGCAAAUGCACCGCUAUACGAUACGCCGGUACAGCUUGGGGAGUCUCCAUUACGGCGGUAUAUUGGUCUGCCCGACAGGUGUCUGUCCAUAUUCGGCCUGCGCAGAGUCCCAAACAUUCCUUGUCCGGCGCACAACACAAAUUCGUCCGUAGCGAUUUCAACGUCAGUGGGAUUCAGGUUCCUCGAAGUCGAGCAGUAUCACGAGGCGAUUAGAAGGUUAAAAGCCGACAUUUCGACCAGCGUACCUGAUUUGAUCGGCACAAAGGACGCGAGCGCCAAGAGGAUAGAAAAGAGUGUGGACAGGACACAUGCAUGGUUGCGAGAUUUCGUGGAGAGUAAAGAGGAAGACGAAGGGUUUCCCUUCUUUGCGGCAAUACCGCCUCACGAAUCACAACUUCUGUCCUUGUAUCUGUCCGAUCUGAAGGACGAAUACAAUUCUCACAUAUCGGGCCUGUGCGUCUAUUCGCCCUCGACGGUGGUUGGGUUGCCAGAAGCGCUCCGAACUAUACCGACGAUAUGCCUCACUGACCCGUCGUCACCACAGGCAGUACUCGCAGCAAUUCACGUGGGAGUCGAUCUCUUGACGGUGCCUUUCGUCACACAGUCCUCGGAGCACGGAAUUGCCUUGACAUUCACCUUUCCAGGCUCUUCAGACACUCCCAAUCAACCUCUCGGAAUCGAUCUCUGGUCCGCCGCCCACGCGACUGACCUCUCGCCCUUGACUCUCAAUUGCACCUGUUACACGUGCACACGCCAUCAUCGGGCGUACGUGCACCAUCUCCUCCAAGCGAACGAGAUGCUCGCCUGGACGCUCCUGCAAAUCCACAAUUUUGCCGUCAUUGAUGCCUUCUUCUCUGCCGUGCGCCAAAGCAUCAAGGACCUGUCAUUCGAAGACGACACGAGGACAUUCAGUCGUGCGUAUGAAUCCGACUUGCCGGAACGGACUGGCCAGGGACCGAGGAUGAGAGGGUACCAGAUGAAGAGCGUCGGGGGAGGUGAAGCGAAAAAGAAUCCCAAGGCGUAUGGGAAGUUGGAUGACCAGAUGCAGAAACUUGCAGAGGCAGAGAGCGGUGUCGCUACGCCAGACGGGGAUGCAGAUGAUAUUGAAGCACAUGGGUUGGCGAAGAAGAUGGAAUGA